AUGGGAUCCUACGGCCUCUCCUACUUCCUCGAAGACAUGACAGGCAAACUCACUGGCUCCGAGUUUGUCGACAUAUACGGACGGAUGAGGCUCACCCUCCGUCGAACAACCUUUGACACUAUGCGCGCCGCGUACAUGAUCUUCAACACCACGUCCUCAGCAGGUUAUUCUCCACAUUCCACGACGCAGCCCCUGGUUGCUUUGGACUUUGGUCCGAAAAACGCUUUGGGCACGAUCAGCUUCCCGCCGAACGUGUCCCUCCCUAUGCAAAAGUACCUUAUCCAGACUUCCUCAGGAUCUUCCAAGUCGCGUCGAUUCCGAGCUUCAGAUGGGCAGGACUAUUGCUGGGCCUAUAGGGGACAAAUGGAUCAGGAAUGGGCUUGCACGAACGCGAACGGCUACGUCGUAGCGUACUAUAGCCUCAAACCCCAUGGCGAACCCGAAUACGCCGGUUCCUCCGGAUGCUCACUCACUGUCGAGGAACCCUACCCUCACAUCGCCCCCGAAUUACUGGCCUCGCUGCUCAUCAUGCGGCACAUUGCUGCUCACAACCUGUGA